AAAUUUUAUAAAAAUAUACUUAUAAACAGGGCUAGGAUUUAUAUGCAACAGUAUAUUUUUUUGCGACUUCUUGAUUUUGUCAGUAAUGUCCACGAAUCAACUCAUGAUGAGUUAAAUGGUAGUAUUUUUAUUUUGCAUGUUUUUGUAUAUUUUGGAUGAAAUGCAUAUUAUUACAUAUAUUGAAUAAAAUUAAUAUUAUUGCAUAUUUCUAUUAUAAGAAUGCAAAAAAUGCAUGUUUUAUAGUGUAUUUCAUAAAACUUGGUUUUUUUUUUGUCAAACAAAUUUUAUUUUUAUACAUACAAUCCUAUGGUACAAUAGGUAUGCAAUUGAAUAGUUUGACAUUAAUUUUUGAAAAUUUAAAAUAUAUGUAGUCGCAGCAUGUAACACGUAGUGAAUGUGAAUUAUAAAUUUUAUUUCUAAAUUAUUUUAUUUUUUUUCUCAAUUAUAUUAUACUAAGACAAACAGCCAAUCCAUAGGCGCAACUAGGGGGGUGCUAGGGGGACUUUAGCACCCCCAGACUAAAAAUUAGCACCCCCAAAAAUUCAAAGUCAAAUCCUUGAUUUGUAAGCUGUAGGUAUUUCAUUAUUGUACCUACCUAUUCUGUUCAAAUUUUUAUUUUAGAAUAAUUUAUUUAUAUUUAAUGUUUCGAAGAUAGUUAUAUUAGAUGACAACAUAGUUUGUCAUGAGGUCUACAAUAUAAUAUCAUGAUAGCCGAUAGGUAAGGUAUAUUGCAUUGGGAAUUUGGUUGUGUUAAUAGUUAUUUUUAAACUGUUAUAUCUACGUAAUCCGCUACCCGUAUGUUUUCCAUUAUAUGCGUUAUCGUUAUAAAUUAUAAAUAUAACUUAUAACAUUACACAACAGUCGACGAGACGACGACACACGUUAUACAGACAUACAGUACCCAAAACUUGAACUGCCAACAGGUAACAGUAUUCCGUCUCCGUAAAUCUGAAUUGAUAGGUAUUUAAAAUGUUUAGUAUUUUUAAAAAACGGAAACGGAAACCUAAAGAUAAUAAUGAGGAAAACGAAAUUGAAGCUGAUAUUGACGAUCCUGGCAUGGUUGACAUUUCUACUAAUAGUACUACUCAUACAAGUGAUACAACUCUUGAUUUGGGAAAUAAAGAUUCCGGCCCAUGUCGUCCUAUACUUACAGAAUAUAAAAAAAUUAAAUUUGGAACACAACAAAGAUCGUUUCGAAGCCAAUGGUACAAUGAAUGUGAUUGGCUAGAAUACAGUGUUCAGCGUAACGCUGCAUUCUGCUUUGUUUGCCGAACUUUCGGUUCAGAAAAUUCAGGUGAAAAUAUAUGGAUUAAAUCUGGGUUCAAUAAUUGGCAAAAGUUUCUUGUAAAAUCAAAAAAACAUUCUUCUACCAGUACUCAUUUGACUAAUUUAUCAAAAAUGUGUGCAUAUAAAAGUAGUUUAAAGACAGGAUCUGUUGUGACACAACUAUCUAGCGCUCAUAAAAAACAAGUUGAAAUUAAUCGCAAAUACAUGUCUAGUUUAAUAGAUGUUAUGUUAUACCUUGCUAAGCAAGGCAUAGCAUUUAGAGGACAUAAUGAAAAUUUAGAUUCUUUAAAUCAAGGUACAUUUAUAAUGUUAUUAUUUAUUAAUAAAAUUAAUAUUUUCUUGUAAUAAUAUUAAUACAAUUUUAGGUAAUUAUAAGGAAAUGUGCCAUAUGGU